AGAAUCUGACAAAGAUUUGCAUUAACAGAGCCAAAGAUGAGUUCUGGAAAGAAAAGGAUUGCUGUAAUUGGUAGUGGGGCUAGUGGUCUCACUGCUAUCAAGUGUUGUCUUGAUGAAGGUUUAGAACCAGUUUGUUUUGAGGUGGCUGAUAAUAUCGGCGGUCUGUGGAGAUUUAAUACCAAUAUUAAAGAUGGAUUGGGUUGUGUGAUGAAAUCCACUGUCAUUAACACCAGUAAGGAAAUGAUGUGCUACAGUGAUUUUCCCAUACCGAAAGAGUACCCCAUCUUUAUGCAUAAUCGCGACGUAUUUGCAUACUUUAACCAAUAUGCUGAUGCUUUUGAUUUAAAGAAAUAUAUCAAAUUUCAAACGGAGGUGAUCAGUGUAAAGAAAUCAGACGAUUUUGAGAAGACUGGUCGAUGGGACGUGAGCUAUAAAGAUGUUAACACUGGUUCUACAGAUAUUGAUGUCUUUGACGGAGUUUUAAUUUGUACCGGACACCAUGCUACGAAAAAUGAACCCAAAUUUUCUGGAUUAGAAGAAUUUAAAGGAAAAGUACUUCAUACACACGACUAUCGUGAUUUCCAUGGUUUUGAAGAAAAGAAAGUUGUUAUCGUUGGAAUUGGUAAUUCUGGAGGCGAUGCUGCUGUUGAACUCAGUAGAAUUUGUAAACAGGUAUAUUUGAGUACCAGGCGUGGGAGUUGGGUGAUCAACAGAAUAGUUGACAAUGGAAUGCCUGCAGAUAUGGCAAUAUCCAGUAGAUUGGCUGCAAAGAUAUUUAACACUCUACCAAAAUCUGUGGUUGAUAGCCUAUUCGCUAAGCACCUAAACAAACGUUUCGAUCAUGUUGCUUAUAGUCUGAAACCAGAUUAUGGUGCGACUUCUCAACAUCCUAUGGUCAAUGAUGAAUUACCCAACCGCAUUAUAUCGGGUUCUAUUAAGAUUAAAACGGACAUUAAAAGAUUCACAGAACGCGGAGUGGAAUUCUUAGAUGGUACAAUUGAAGACGAUAUAGACAUCGUGGUACUGGCAACUGGCUAUAUUUUUGGUUUCCCAUUCGUGGAGAAAUCCGUAAUAGACGUUAAAGACAACCGUGUCGAGCUUUAUAAAUAUAUGUUUCCACCGGAACUAAGCCAUCAUACUUUAGCAGUUAUUGGGUGUAUACAGCCCUUGGGUGCCGUCAUGCCAAUAUCUGAAAUGCAGUGCCGACUAGCUACGAGAGUGUUUAAAGGGGACGUAAAGCUACCAUCUAAAGGUGAUAUGUGGGAAGAUAUCAGAAAUAAACAAGUUGCUAUGAUGAGAAGAUAUGUUAAAUCAUUACGACAUACCAUACAAGUUGAUUAUGCGCCGUUUAUGGAUGAAUUGGCCGAGCUGAAUGGUAAUAGCGUGCAAUUGAUGGAAUUGAUGAAAACCGACCCCAAGUUGGGAUUGACCUGUUUCUUCGGACCAUGCACACCAUACCAAUACCGACUGUUCGGACCAGGGAAAUGGGACAAGGCACGUGAAUGUAUCAUGACACAAUGGGAUAGAACUCUAUUUCCACUCAAGACCCGAUCCAUUCCACCAGCCAAGAAAUCAAAUACCUUUUUCUACAUAAAGCUGGCCUUUAUAUUUCUAUUUUUAGCAUUUAUAUUAAAUCAACUAGAUUUAUUGUAA